GAGACCUUCUAUUUGUGCAACUGCACAAUGGCCAAAUGCAUAGAGAACAACACAAUAGAAAUCGUUCCAUAUGAAUGUCCACCUCUUCAAAACAUAACCUGCACAAAUGGAAAGAAACCAGUUCUUGUGUAUGACGAGUACUACUGCUGUCAAUAUUAUACUUGUGACUGUGUAUGUGAAGGGUGGGGAGAUCCGCAUUACAUCACAUUUGAUGGACUUUUCUACAGUUAUCAAGGAAACUGCACUUAUAUUUUGAUGAAAGAGAUUUUACCAAUACAUAAAUUGAAGAUUUAUAUUGACAACAUCUUUUGUGAUCCAACUGAAGAUGUUUCUUGUCCACGAUCAAUAACAGUGGCAUAUGUAUCAGAAGUCAUCACACUCAUUAAUCAUAAUCUUAUUGGAACUGCACAACUGGAGGCACUGCAAAAUGGAAAAAGUUUGAAACUACCUUAUUCUCAACAAGGUGUUAAGAUAGUUAAUUCAGGUCUGAACCUGAUUUUAGAGAUUCCUCGACUAAAAGUGGUUAUUACAUUUGGAAUAACUGGCUUCAGUGUAACCCUUCCAUUCCAGUACUUUGGCAAAAACACACAGGGCCAUUGUGGAACAUGCAACAAUAACCAAGCUGAUGACUGCAUGUUACCUGGAGGUAAGCUGGUGGAAAGCUGUGCGGUGAUGGCUGACUAUUGGCCUGUUGAAGACCCUUACAAACCCAACUGCUCAAUACCACCAGCACUACCUACCAGUGCCCCUGAACCACCACCUACCUUAGCUCCAUGCAAACCAGACUCCAUGUGUGACCUGCUUAAAAGCAGUGUCUUUGCAGAGUGCCAUCCAUUUGUCUCUCCAGAAAAUUUCUACAGAGGUUGCGUAUUUGAUAGCUGUCAUGUUUCCAACCCAGCAGUGGAGUGCACAAGUUUACAGACUUAUGCUGCAGCCUGUGCUCAGGCUGGAGUUUGCAUUUACUGGAGGAACCACACCACAUUGUGUGCUGGUGAGUGCCCAUCAGGCAAAGUUUACAAGCCAUGUGGUCCUGUAGAACAACCAACCUGUGAAGACAAUCCCAGUGAACCAACUAUGAACUACACUACUGAGGGCUGCUUCUGUCCUGAUGGAAUGAAACUCUUUAACCAGGAGUCUGGAAUAUGUGUUGAAAAAUGUGGAUGUCUUGAUCCUGAGGGCAUUCCUCGUGAGUUCAAUGAAAGAUUUGAGUACAAAUGCCAAGACUGCGUCUGUGAAGAAUCCACCAAGACUGUGACUUGCAAGCCUAAGGUGUGCCCACCACCAGCCACUACAGACUGCUCUGCUCCUGGGUUUGUCCUUGUAAACCAGACCAGUCCGUCAGACCCCUGCUGUUCUACCUAUGUUUGCCAAUGUCAAGCUAACACCUGCCCAGUCACCAGUAUGAGCUGUCCAAUUGGAUAUAAGCCAGUUGUCAGUGUCCCUGUGGGAAAAUGCUGUCCAGAACAUACAUGUGAACCUAAAAGAGUUUGUGUUCACAGAGAAACUGAAUACCAGCCUGGUUCUUCAGUUCCUGUGAUUGCAUGUCAGGAUUGUACCUGUGCCAAUGAGAUUGACCCAAAAUCUGGUCUAUUAAAAAUAGUUUGUGUGUUUCAACAUUGUAAAGAAAGCUGUGAACUGGGAUAUGGAUAUGUGGAAAGUGAUUCAGAUGAAUGCUGCGGGAAGUGUGUACAGACACACUGUGUUGUCAACAUUAAUGGAACCAAACAACUUUUGACUCAAGGAGAAACCUGGUCACCACCGGGGAAUAAGUGUGAACAUUACACCUGUGUCAAGAAUGGUGAGACUUUAACAGCAAGCCAUUCGCAGACUGUCUGCCCACCAUUCCAAGAGAGCAACUGCCAACCUGACACAAUUCAAACUGCAGCAAAUGGCUGUUGCAAAAUUUGUGAGGAGAAGGAGAAGGGAUGCAAGUUAAUGUCCAUGAAAACCCAUAUUACAGUCAACGGUUGUCAGUCUGCCCAGGAGGUAGAUAUGCCAUAUUGUGAAGGAUCCUGCAACACUUACACCAUGUACUCUGAAGCAGCAGCAGCUAUGGAGCAUUCCUGCUCAUGCUGUAAGGAGAUAAACUUCAGCAAUCGCACUGCUGACCUGGUCUGCCUGAAUGGAGACACGGUCCCCUACACAUACAUGUAUGUGGAGCAGUGUGGUUGUACCAAGACAGACUGCACCAGAGCUGGACAUCAUGUUCGCAGGAAGAGAAGUUUCACACUGCUGUGA